AAUAAACACGAGCUGGAGAAGGUGGUGCUAGUUGUCCCUUGAUUCUUCAGAGCUGUAAACGCCAUUAUGGCGAUAAUUACACAACGCUGUGUUUAUUAGUGUUUUUUUCGGGAUCAGUGGCUGUUGUCGCGAUUCAAGUCUAAAGAUUCCCUCGAGAUUGUAGUUUUUGAGAGGCCGUUUAACCUCUGGGCGAGUGGGGGACGCGGUGGAGGGACAAUUUCCCUGGACUUGUCCUUGUUUUAAUUAGAAGGAUUUAUCAUGGAAAAUCAGAUAUGCCUGAAGUGGAACAGUUUUUUGAACAAUAUUGCCACGAGCUUCGAGAGCCUCUGGGAGGAGGAGGGACUCGUUGAUGUUACCCUGGCUAGUGAUGGACAGUGCUUGACUGCUCACAAGGUUAUUUUGUCAGCUAGCAGUCCUUUUUUUAAGAAAGUGUUCCAGACAAAUCCAUGUCAACACCCAGUAAUCAUUCUCCAGGAUGUCCACUUCACAGAGCUCGAGGCUCUCCUCAUAUUCAUUUACAAAGGUGAAGUGAACAUCGAGGAGAAAAAACUCUCAGCACUGCUGAAAGCAGCUGAGACCCUCCAGAUCCGUGGCCUCUCCGGUAAUGAUUCAUUCGCCAAGGAUGCAUGCACGAAGCUCUCGGAUCUGGGGCCUCCCGUUUUGGAGAAGGUGGUCCAGAGUGUCAGCGAGGAAGCCCCCAAGAGGAAGAGAAAGAAGGUGGACAAGGGGAAUGACAGUUCCAUCCUCGAGACUGCUCUGACACCGAGGAGGCCUAGAUCAGUCAGCAUAAGUGAGACCUCCAGCAGUGAAAAGAGUAACAAGGAUAUGGAGAUGGAUCAUCUCUCUGCCAAUCCUGUUUACGAUCCUCUUGAGAUGAAGAUAGAACCAUUCGAAGUUACCCUGGAAGAGCUAGAAAAGGCAGAUACUGAAGACGUUGGUCACGACAGAGUAGACCCAGCGAGUCCAAACGGCGCCCAAGGGAAUGUUAGAGAUCCAAUGGAAGAGAUUUCUGGUUCGCUGUCAAGCCCCUCAGGACUUGCGGAGGCAAAAGCUGUACUUUAUCCUUACCAACAAUUACCAUAUGCCGAUUUACUACCGAGUCCUGAGAUCAUUGGAUCGUGGGCAUCAUCGAGACCUAUGGAUCAUCUGGCUUGUGAUAUCAUGAAGUUACUUUUCACUUCUGAAGAGAGGAUAAUGUGUAAUGUCAAUGGAAAAAUGGGAAAACGACAGUUUGAUAGCAAUAAAAUAAGGCUCAUCAGGGAAGUUUUACUGCACUUCAGUGGAAUGUCACCAAAUAGUGUGGACUGGGAGGAGGCGUGGAAGAAUUGUGUUACAAAAAUUGAUACUAGUAAUAGGGGAUUGAAGAGAUAUCUCUGUCAGAGGAGGGCUAUUUACAGUCAAUGACUAGGGAGGUUUAAGUCAGGGGGCAAACGAAAACUCCGCCACUGACUUGAGACUGUUUUUUAUCGAGGGUAUCCUGGUGGAAUGUAAUUUAUUACAUUUUUUGGGUGUUUUCAUACACGAAAAAAUGGCAUUUCAAUGUUGAACAAUUGUUAAUGAAAGUUUUAGAUAUUCAGAAGGGUAUUUCUUUUAAAACCAAAGUGUUAGCAGUGAUUUUAUUCAGUUACUGAGGAUUUUUAGGUGGAAUAUACAGAAUUACACUUUUAGGAUUUUUUAAAAUACAAAAGCGACAAAUUUUAAUUGAUUGGAUUGGAUUCGUCAAUUUUAAUUUAAUUAUAGUGCAUCUGAAAUCACUGUUUUUGGAUUCAAAAAACGUUGGAAAAAUGUAGUGAUGUGAGGAGAAAUUCCAUUCCACGUGGAUAUUCUCCAGAAAAAUUCCAAAGUUACACCAAUAGUCGAUAAAAUUCUCAACUCUUCAAAAUUAUUCCCUCCAAAAGAUUGUUUUACCAUUCAUUAAUUAAUUAAAAAAAUCAUUCCAGCAUUUUCUGUAAUAUGAGAUUCAGCUUUAAAACCUUAGAACGUCAAGAAAACACGGCUGAAAAAAUCGCACGGGUAGCGUUCAUUGUGAAGAUUUAUCGAGCGCAUUAGGGAGCUUACAGUUAUGUCUGUAAUCAGGUGAUUAAGGAUACUUAAUUUGAAUGUGAGAUUUAUUGGAUAAAUAUUAUGUUAAUGAAUGCUUAUAGAGUGAGCUAGGGUUAAUCGAUAAGUUGUGUAAGAUAAUGAGCAGAAACAGCUGCAUAAGAAGUCUAGAUGAUAGAUGUGAUUCUGUGAUUGGAUGGAAUCGAGUCAAAGAUUUUGUUAAUUAAUUAAUAUUUAAUUGACAAAAUAUUAUUCAUGAUCUAAUGCAUUUUGCUCAAGUAGAUAAUUUUUGUUCUUGUUUCAUUCAUUCACUCAUCGAUAAGUAACCAUUUAUUUAUUCAUAUAGAUUACUUCAUUUUCAUUCAAUUACAGAAUCGAAGUAAAAUAAUUCGAGUGCUCCUCGAUUAUUAAUGUGAAUAAACUCCGAGAAUUUUUCAGAAUAAUCCAGAUCUACCUAAAAAUCUGUAUCAGGAAAUGACGCAUAAAUACAAGAAACGAAAAAAAAAAUACAUGCAUAUUUUACAUUUAUGAAAUAAAUUCAGUUUAUUGAGCCCUCCAGCAU